CAGUUUUAUAUAUAACAAGAAUGAUUCAGAGAAAUUGGUUAACUUAUGAUAGUCACCAAAAGUUUUGAUAGUUAAUGCAUGGUAAUGUUCCAUUUCUCUUGUUUAUUUUUCUCUAAUUGUUUAUCUGUCUUUUAAAUAUACAGGCACUCCUGGUAUCACAGAUUAUGUAAUGGUAGAGCUUGAGAAGUUGGGUCAGAAAUAUCCUGUGGCUCUGAGGGCCCAUUAUAUGUUGAAAUAUUUGCCUCGCAUCGAACGGGCUUAGCAGUCCGUAUAAUCAUCCCCAGAUACUACUUACCCAGUCGACCUUCUCCUCCGGCCUAACCACGUCAGAGCCCUUCACGGUGACGUCGGCACCGUUAAAUUGCCAUUUCGGAUUGACCCAAAAACCCUGUUCGCCACAACCCGGUUCAAUUCACAUCUUCACAAACUGAUACAGGAAUAGUAUACGUAAGCUAUGGAGGGAGAUACAGUGCGCAGUGAACAUCAGGAGGAAGAAGAAGAAGAAGAAUAUGUAUUGCUUGAUCUUGAUUCUGUUUACUCCCAGCUUCAGAUUCCACCAAACGCACCAUAUGUACUUUCAGGUUUGGAUACAAUGCAACCAGUAUUGAUUCUAGAUGGCAAAUUUAAGUUGGUGUCGAGAAGGACUUAUGAAAUGAUAGCAACAUAUGGGAUUAUUUUUGGAAUGAUUGCUAGAAUGGUGAGUUACAUUGGAAUAUUGGAUGGCAUCAGAUCGGUCAGUGGGAUGAGACAAUUGGGACAUGUCUUUUAUUCAAAGAGGAAGUUGUCCCUGUUGUUCACGAAGAAACAGGACCAUCAGAAGCAAACCUUUUUGCUGGCAAAUGCAUUGUUGAUCAAAAGCAAUCUUCAAGCAAGCAAGUAAAACCAGUUGGCCGCACUCAUAGGAUUCUAAAAUUCAGAUUGGCACCAAAUUUUGACUCUCCUAAUACUGCAUCUGCACAGACUGAGCAAGUAAAUUUGUAGAUCUUUUGUAGCGACUCUAAGUGAAACUGGUAUGAGAGGUUUAUACCUAUGUUGAUGUUACUAGCUUAUUAGCAUAAUUCUCCUUGUAAAGGUCUAUUCUAACAAGAUUAAAACUACCCUUUUAUUUCAACUUACAUGAAAUUAAGGGUGUUUCUAAAAACACAUGUAGAAAUGCAAUUCAAUUCUUAGUGCUUAA